UGUUUACAUUAAUUUACAAAUGGCCAUCUCACGUGUUUACCAACAUUGUACCGACGGAGCUGCUGUCGUCCUGUUAUGAAAUCGUGGUAAUAUUGAUAAAGGUUAACUGAAUGUAUCACUAACUUUUAAUUAGAUUUUGAGUACUAAGGGGUUUUUGUAGAGGCCGGAUUUAUUGAUGUUCCUUUCAAGUGCGUAGUGAUAUCAAAAAAUAUCGGUGUGGACACGAUGUCGUCAGGUUUCGCCCGCACUACCGAGAGCGAUGCAUGGGCCCUCCUUUCGCUAAAAUCAGCUCCUGCGAGCCCCAAAGUGCAGUGGAAUCCAGGUGAAAUUAGUGAACCUAUAGCUAGGAUCGAAGGACGAGGUUUCGAGUACCUAGUGAGAAAAAAACAAAUUGUUAUAGGACGAAAUAGUUCAAGGGGCGACGUGGACGUUAACAUGGGGCAUUCAAGUUUUAUAUCUAGGAAACAUUUGGAAAUCUUUUUUGAUCACCCCUAUUUCUUCAUGCAAUGCAAUGGAAAGAACGGAGUUUUCAUCGACGGAGUUUUCCAGAGGAAAAGUGCUCCAUCAAUUCAGUUACCUAGAUCGUGUAUGUUCAGGUUUCCAAGUACAAACAUCCGUCUUAAUUUCUAUUCAUUGAUCGACGAGAACUCGGAACCAUCAUCCAAGGUGCCGGAAGCAGGACCACCAUUGCUUCGAAUAAGAGAUAGAGCAGGUGGCGGCCAGCAAUCAACAGGUCUGCCACCCCUGCGGAUCAAAAUACCGGAGUCUGAUAUCUAUGGUAGUCCGUUUCCCUCACCAACUGGUACUAUUAGCGCUGCUAAUAGCUGCCCGACUAGUCCUAGAGGUGGCCAUGGCAGGAGGAAUGUGUCGGCAGAUUUACAAAUGGCUGCGUCAUAUGCCGCGCAAGUCGCACAUAGAGAAGAACAAUACGUACCUGCUAGCCAUAGUCCCGAAAACUAUAGGCAAUCUACUUCAAAUGGAAACUCUCAGGGUCCUUCGGUGGUUAUCAACGAUGGAUAUGGACCUGGGGGCAGCAAAGAUGAUUCAAAACCGCCUUAUUCUUACGCGCAGUUGAUAGUACAAGCUAUAGCAAGUGCUCCUGACAAGCAGCUCACUCUGUCUGGGAUAUAUAGUUACAUCACAAAAAACUAUCCUUACUACCGUACUGCCGACAAGGGAUGGCAGAAUUCUAUACGACAUAAUUUGAGUCUCAACCGAUACUUUAUAAAGGUACCUCGAAGUCAAGAAGAACCGGGAAAAGGAAGUUUCUGGAAGAUAGAAGGACAAUCUGAGACAAAACUUAUUGAACAGGCUUUCAGACGACGUCGACAACGCGGCGUCCAGUGCUUCAGAGCGCCUUUCGGACUAAGCUCCAGAAGUGCCCCACCAUCUCCAACACAUGUGAGCAUGUCAGGACUGAUUACUCCUGAAUGUCUGUCUAGGGAAAGCUCUCCAAUACCUGAUCAUAUGAUUGAUAUUAGCCAAUCUGCCCCUGGCAGUCCUGGGAACCCAUCGAUGUAUGCUGGAUCUGGAGGUAUGAUAGGCCAACAACAGAUGUCAGCUCUUGUAGGGUCCUCUCAAGCUAGAUAUAUAUUACCGCAUGGCAAUGAAAUUACAGAGCAAGUCAUAGCUAGUAAUGGACAAGAAUUAGUAGAAGAAAAAUUCCACACUGGAGUUGUUAGUGAAGAACGUUCUUUAUCUCCAGCAUCCUUUUCACCACAACCAGUAAUUGUGCAAACUGCUAACUAUUCGCCAUAUGGUGGUAACAACUAUGCAAAUGUAGGUAUUGAUCUAAAAAGGCAUUUGGUGGAGGAGCAGAGCGGUGACAGUCCCUCUAGUUCGGGAGAAAACUAUGACAAUGAAAGGGACAUCAAAAGACCUCGUCAGGAACAAAACUAUGAAACUGAAUGAGAACACAUCAGAAAAAAAAACAUUAAAAAUUUAAUGCAAUGGUAGUUGAAAAAAACUUCUACAAAGUGUAGAUAUCCUAAGGUAUUGAAGGGCUGAAUGAUGACUGCAUUUCAAUGUGAUUUCAAUCAUUAAUUCGUGAACAGAUCUACACAUUGAUUAUCCGAGUUACUCUUUUUUCCUGUAUGUCCUUUUGUUAAAGUGAAAAAUAUAUUCCGAAUUUUUGUUAGGUUCAUAUUGGAUGAGAGGACUACUUUCCAAUAAAAAAAAAUGUCAAGUGUGUAAAUAAAACAUUGGAAAUUCUGGAAAAGUAUCCAUGAAACAACCCAGUGAUAGCAAGUACAUUUCCAUAAUUUCAUUUUUUCAGAAAAGGAAUAUUUACAAUUCCAUCCUUUUUUUUAGUGUUAUUCAGACCAGUGUACAAUUGUAUACAAGAUUUAAAAAAUAACCAUUUAGAAAUUUUAUUAUCAAUUAUUUACUGGAAUAAUUAGUGAACAAUAUUUUAUUUAUUUAGUUAUACAUUAAGGUAUACAUUUAGUGAUUAUUUUGUUCAUAAUUUGUUCGACGUAUCACUUCAACGAUUGCCAAUAAAAAUUUAUAAUUCAGGUGUGAAUUUCAUCCAGAAGUAAAGUAUUGUGAAUAGAAUUGAAAUCUUCGAAUUUGUUUUAUUCGAUUUACAAACAGGUUCAUCGGAAUUUUCAGUUCGAACAGCUCCCUCAUAGAAACUAAAUUAAAUUUCUCCUUUUUUUUUCCUAUUAUUACAUAUGCCUUACUUGUUGGAUGAAGUGUAUUUCAAACGACUAUUCUUACUAUUUCUUUCGAUAUCAUUCAACAUUGGAUUUGUUUGACUCUUUACACCAAUGAAUUACAAUGAUCUUUCAUAAAUUUUUUAAUGAUUGAUGCCACAUUUCCAUGCAUGUACAUUUGUUUGUAAAAAGAGUUUUCCGAAGAUUAAUUUAUGUUCUAAAAAGUAUACUAGUUGUUUUUGAAUUAAUGGUCGCAUUGCGUAUUAUCUGUUCUGGUUGGAAUAAGAUUAGGUGAUGAACUCAUGUGAUAUUGGAUUUGGGGAGAAAUUGAAUUGAUGUCAUCUUAGGAAUAAUUUCAUGAAAUUUUAGCAAUAAGCUGAAAAUACUAGUCUGCAUUAAAAUUAGAUUCUUUUGACGAUGCCGAUCUCCUAUUUUGAACAAUACAAUAUUUUGUACCGAAAGGAGAUCGAUUUUUAGCCUGUAGAUUUAUAUUCUGAAAAACCUCGCACCUUUUCUAUUAUUCCUGCGAAAUACAUAAGCGAGUCAUGCCUGUUUAUUUGGAAUAAGCCUUUAUAACACAGAGUAUACAUUAAUUUUCUUAACUUAUAAUUGUUUUUUUUUUUUUUUUUUUUUUUCAUUUCAUUGUUGGAACGAUUUAUUGGGAUAUUAUUGCUCAUUUUUUUGUUAGGGAUUUCAAACUCUUGUCCCAAAAAAAACUGUUUAUGGAAUUCCUAUAUGAUGUUAUGGUCGAUAUAAAAAUAGUAGUAAAACUUAAUUUUAUUUUGAAGAUUUUUUGACCCACUUUUUUCAUCGCUUUUCCUCAAAGACUUGCGAUGGUAUAAGUUUGGUUACAAAUUAUCCAAAAUAAAAUUUGAUUUUUCUAAUAUUUUCUAUGAGAACUGUAAUUCGCACCAUGUGAAAUUUUUACUGGGUACACCUCUUAUGUUACAAGCUAUACAUGAGAAAAUCCUAAUGUUCUUUCAUUUUCUUCUCCAUUCAUAAUGAACUUGGUCUUACAAAUGAAAUCCAUAUCUCAGUCCAUAAAAACCAAGAUUUAUUUACAAAAAAACUGUUAAAUUUAUCAAAAAUUUACUUGAUCUUUCAUUAGACAGAUCUUUGUUUACAACGAAUUUGUUAUUUUUUCACAUCAUUUUAGACUCCUGAAUAUGGCCUUAUUUAAUUCUGAUUUUGUAGUUAUUUUUUCGAUGGAACUUCCAAUUUACUUUUUUGAGUACCUUGUAUCUUAUUUGUAAAUCUAUUUAAUUAUUUAGGUCUCAAAAAUUCACUAUGGAUUUAUAUUAGUAAGAGCUUUGUAUUUUUGUGACCAAAUUUCAAAUUUUUCCUAAUAAUUAUAUGAGAAACAAUAGAGAUGGGAAAAACCCAGUCUUGAGAUCAUGCAUGGUAAUUGUAAUUGACUUACUUGAGAUCUUGAAAUGAACUAAUUUUCUCAUCGUUGAAAAUUUGCUAAGUUUAAAUUAUUAGAAUAUAAUAAUCAUGUUAGAAUUGAAAUUGCAAAUAACAUUUUUCACUUCAAGUGAACUGGUAAAACUUGAUAAAGUUUAUUAUCAAAAUAAAAUGUGCUGUUUCCGA